UCAUUGUUUUUGUAUAAGGCCCAAAUAAAAAGGGAAAAAAAAGUAUCAUCAGACUAAAAAAAUUUAGACAAAAGUCACAGACCCAAGCAAAGCAAGCACCCAUCUCUCUCUCUCUCUCUCUCUCUCUCUCCUGUUUGUUUGAAUAAAAAACAGUUAGCCCUUCUCUUCCCCCCACCUCUCCUCCUACCAUAAACAAAUGCAGAAAAAACAACCAUCUGAAAUUCCAUUUCACUCUGCACCAACAUCAUGGCCUAGCUGUUCUUGGAUCCGGAGAUUUUGGGUCUUUCAAUUUGUUAUGCAGAGCUAUUUAAAAUAAUAUACAGAUAGCCCACCAGACAUGAUUGGGUUCCUCUCAUUGUCCCUCCCUCCUAGGCUCCUCAGACCAGACCCUUCUUUCGCUUCCUUUUGUUGGAGUCUGUAGCUCAACUGUUUGUUGUAAUGCCUGUAUAUCCAUGGCCCCUCCUCCUCCUCUCCUCCUUCUUCCUAGUCUUCCUCUCUGUUUCUCCUCUGGCUUUGGCCCUCAACCCACAAGGCCAAGCUCUGUUUUCAUGGAAGCAGAGCAUCAAUGGCUCCACUGAGGCCUUGAGGAACUGGAACCCAAGUGAUCAAAAUCCAUGUGGGUGGUUUGGUGUCACCUGUAACCCCAACAACCAAGUGGUGGAAUUGAAUUUGAAGUACCUUGAUUUGCUCGGCAAGCUCCCUUCCAAUUUCACCUCACUGUCAACCAUCAGCAAGCUUACACUCUCAGGCACAAACCUCACUGGUUCAAUACCAAAGCAAAUUUCAACUCUCCAAGAGCUUACUCUCUUGGACCUGAGCGACAAUGCAUUGAGCGGAGAAAUCCCAGUUGAGAUCUGCUCACUGCCAAAGCUUGAACAGCUCUACCUCAGCACGAACCGAUUAGAGGGCUCAAUCCCAAUCGAAAUCGGCAACCUCACAAGCUUGAAAUGGCUGGUCCUGUUCGACAAUCAGCUCAGCGGGAGCCUCCCCAGCUCCAUAGGCAAACUGCACAAUCUUCAAGUGAUCAGAGCUGGUGGGAACAAGAACUUAGAAGGCCCUCUGCCUCACGAGAUUGGAAACUGCAACAAUUUGUUCAUGCUGGGAUUAGCAGAAACAAGCAUAUCAGGCUCCCUCCCUUCAACCCUUGGCCUCUUAAAAAAACUCGAAACACUCGCAAUCUACACAGCCUUGCUCUCGGGCCCGAUCCCCCCUGAACUAGGAGACUGCUCCGAGCUCCGGGAUAUCUAUUUGUAUGAGAACUCGAUAACGGGAUCGGUCCCGAGCCAAUUGGGCAACAUAAACAACCUUCAAAACCUUCUCCUGUGGCAGAACAACUUGGUUGGGGUCAUACCUCCAGAGCUCGGCAACUGCCGCAAGCUGCAAGUCAUCGACAUCUCCAUGAACUUAUUGACCGGAAGCAUACCGCAGUCUUUCGGAAACUUGACUUCGCUUCAAGAACUCCAGCUGAGCGUUAAUCAAAUAUCGGGCGAGAUUCCGGCGCAACUCGGAAACUGCCGAAAACUCACUCACAUUGAGCUCGAUAAUAAUCAGAUCACCGGUUCGAUACCCGCCGAGUUCGGGAACUUAUCCAAUCUCACUCUGCUCUUCUUGUGGCAUAACAAGCUCGAAGGAACCGUUCCGUCGUCGAUUUCUAACUGUCUGAAUCUAGAGGCAGUUGAUUUGUCGCAGAACAGUUUGAAUGGUCCAGUUCCCGAAGGGCUCUUCAAUAUACAAAAGCUCACGAAGCUUCUGCUCCUAUCGAACAACUUCUCUGGCGAAAUACCGCCAGAGAUUGGAAACUGCUCGUCGUUGAUUCGAUUUCGGGCUAGCGGCAACAAGCUCACGGGAGCGAUCCCGCCGCAAAUCGGGAACUUGAGGAACUUGAAUUUCUUGGAUCUUGGAUCGAAUCGGCUCACCCGAACUAUACCGGAGGAUAUCUCCGGCUGCCGGAAUCUGACAUUUCUCGACCUGCAUUCCAAUUCGAUUGGGGGAAAUUUUCCCGGAAGUUUUGAUCAGCUCGUGUCUCUCCAAUUCGUUGAUUUCUCGGAUAAUUUGAUCGAGGGGACGUUGAGUGCGGGACUCGGAUCGCUGAGUUCACUCACCAAACUCGUUUUGGGGAAGAACCAGUUUACAGGUGCGAUUCCGAGUGAACUCGGUUCGUGCCCGAAGCUACAGUUACUGGACCUGAGCGGGAACGACCUCACAGGGAAUAUUCCGGCAAGCUUGGGCAAGAUUCCGGCGCUCGAAAUCGCUCUGAACCUGAGCUGGAACCAACUCUCCGGCGAUAUACCGAAGGAGUUCGCCGACUUGGACAAGCUCGGGAUUCUAGACGUCUCUCACAACCAGCUCACCGGCGACCUCCAAUUUCUCGCAGCCAUGCAGAAUCUCGUGGUCCUCAACGUCUCGCACAACAACUUCUCGGGGCGCGUCCCGGACACGCCCUUCUUCGCGAAGCUUCCCCUGAGCGUCUUGUCCGGCAACCCCUCGCUCUGCUUCUCCGGCAACAGCCAGUGCGCGGAGAACAGCAACAAUACGGGCGGUGGGUCCCGCAGGCGCAGUGUAGCAGCCCGCGUGGCCAUGGUGGUGCUACUGUGCACCGCGUGCGCACUCUUCUUAGCGGCCUUCUACAUCAUCCUUGGAGCUAAGAGGAGGGGCCCACCGGGCCUUUUCGGCGGAUCCCACUCGCCCGACCCGGAGGACGACAGCGAGGUCGACGUGGGCCCGCCGUGGGAGGUGACGCUGUACCAGAAGCUCGAACUGUCGAUUGUUGACGUGGCGCGAAGUUUAACCCCUUGCAACGUCAUAGGGCGGGGCCGAUCCGGCGUCGUUUAUCAAGUCACCAUCCCCUCGGGUCCUUCUCUCGCGGUAAAAAGGUUCCGUACGUCAGAGAAAUACUCAGCGUCCGCGUUUUCCUCGGAGAUUGCCACGCUGGCAAGAAUACGACACCGUAACAUCGUACGGUUACUAGGUUGGGGCGCGAACAGGAGGACGAAGUUACUGUUCUACGACUAUUUGGCUAACGGUAAUUUGGGUUCGUUAUUGCACGAGGGGUGCGCGGGAUUAGUGGAGUGGGACAGCCGGUUCAGGAUAGCGCUGGGCGUGGCGGAGGGAUUGGCGUAUUUGCACCACGAUUGCCAGCCGGCUAUCUUGCACCGGGACGUGAAGGUCCAGAACAUUUUGCUAGGGGAUCGAUACGAGGCCGUUUUGGCGGACUUUGGGCUCGCUAGGUUGGUUGAGGAGGACGAUCAGAACGGUCCCUUUUCAGCCAAUCCCCAAUUUGCUGGGUCGUACGGCUACAUUGCGCCUGAAUAUGCUUGCAUGCUAAAAAUUACUGCAAAAAGCGAUGUCUAUAGCUAUGGGGUGGUGCUUUUGGAGAUCAUAACUGGGAAAAAGCCUGUAGACCCAUCGUUCACAGAUGGCCAACAUGUGAUUCAGUGGGUUCGAGACCACCUCAAGGGCAAGAAGGACCCAGUGGAGAUUCUUGAUCCUAAGCUUCAAGGCUACCCGGACACUCAGAUACAAGAAAUGCUCCAAGCUCUUGGAAUCUCUCUCCUCUGUACCAGCAACAGGGCAGAGGAUCGCCCAACAAUGAAGGAUGUGGCAGCAUUGCUAAGAGAGAUUCGACACGAUCAGCCCCCGGUUGGAGGCGAGGCCCAUAAGCCAGCGAGCAAUGCCUUGAAAAAUUCAUCCUCUUCAGUCACACCAGCUCAAUUGCUUCAACUGCAAGGCUCUUCUCCUUGCUCACUUGCUUACUCAUCUGCUUCAGCUGGUUAUCUGUCAGGAACCCAAUAACAAUGUCAUAAUGUUAGGAUUAGGAGUGAUAUUAUUAAUUAUUAUUAUUAUUUGUAGGAUUAGGGUAGCAAAGCAAGAGUAGUAAUAUGGUAAACUGAUAGCACAAGUUGAUCGGCAUAUUGAUUGUACAGCAACUUGAUGACAUUAUUGUACUUAUAGUGAUGAGUAAUAUGAAUGAGGCCAUUUCUUGAA